AUGAGCGCGAGUAGAGUGGCCAGCGACGUGAUCGCUCCUCUGCCGUACGCCCGGCCGUGCUUCAUGAUGGUGGUGGAGAUAGGCAUGGCAAGCGCAUUGGAAACAUUGUGUGGGCAAUCAUAUGGUGCCAAGCAAUACCACAUGUUAGGCAUCUAUCUACAACGCUCAUGGAUAGUUCUCUUCUGUUGUGCAGUAAUCCUUCUCCCAAUCUACCUCUUCACCACUCCGCUCCUAAUUGCCCUUGGUCAGGAUCCCGAUAUCUCUGUUGUGGCUGGCACCAUCUCACUAUGGUACAUUCCCAUCAUGUUCUCCUAUGUCUGGGGAUUAACAAUCCAAAUGUAUCUACAAUCACAGAGCAAGAACAUGAUCGUUACCUACCUCUCCUUGCUCAACUUUGGACUCAAUCUCUUCCUAUCAUGGCUCAUGGUGGUCAAGUUUCACCUUGGCCUUGCUGGGGUGAUGGGCUCCAUGGUCAUUGCCUGUUGGAUCCCUAUAUUUGGUCAGCUCGCAUAUGUCUUCUUUGGCGGUUGUCCUCAAACAUGGACAGGGUUCUCGUCCUCUGCCUUUACUGAUCUUGGUGCUAUUAUCAAGCUUUCGAUAUCAUCCGGAGUGAUGCUUUGUGUAGAAUUAUGGUACAACACCAUAUUGGUGCUCCUCACUGGUUAUAUGAAGAAUGCAGAGGUUGCUCUUGAUGCUCUUUCUAUAUGCCUUAAUAUCAAUGGUUGGGAGAUGAUGAUUGCUAUUGGAUUUUUGGCUGCAACUGGAGUGCGGGUGGCAAAUGAACUUGGAGCUAGGAGUGCAAGAAGGGCUAAGUUUGCCAUUUUCAAUGUGGUCACCACUUCUUUCUUGAUAGGAUUUGUGUUUUUUGUGCUCUUCCUUUUCUUUCGUGGAAGCCUUGCAUACAUAUUUACUGAAAGUCAGGAGGUAGUAGAUGCAGUCGCUGAUCUUGCUCCCCUUCUAGCUUUCUCCAUUUUAUUGAAUAGUGUUCAACCGGUGCUCUCAGGUGUCGCUAUUGGCUCUGGUUGGCAAAGUGUAGUUGCCUAUGUUAAUGUUGCAUCGUACUACUUGAUCGGUAUCCCUAUUGGGGCAAUACUAGGCUAUGCUCUAGGAUUUGAAGUAAAGGGCAUUUGGAUUGGAAUGCUUGUUGGAACACUAGUGCAGACUCUUGUGCUUUUAUUCAUCACACUUAGGACUAAUUGGGAAAAACAGGUAGAGAUUGCUCUCGAGAGACUAAAUAGAUGGUACACGGAUGAUAAUGGAAGAUCACAAAAUUCGAGAGGAAAUCCAUGAUCUGAAACUUUCGCACAUUCAUAAUGGAAUUGAAAGAGUUCGAGAUCCUUCGAGGUCACAUCAUCCAUCAUCCAUGAACCAAACGUUAAUCACAAGGCAUGGAUGAUGUUUUUUUUUUCCUGAAGUGUCAGAUCAAGGAAGAACCACGAUGUUAGUGUAGUAACCUUGAAUAUAAGCCCCUUAUCCUUUUAUUUUUAGCACGACGCAGCAUAUGCUUGACCUUUAUGUGUUUUACAUAUUUUUUUGUAUUUGUUGACAAGAGCAUGUAUGGCUAUGUGCUUGCAUGUGAAUUGAUUGUACCCAUUGGAUUUUGUUUUCUACCUUUGAGUAAAUUUAUGGAUUCACUAUCAAA